AUGUCUCUUUGGCUCUCUAACAUGUUCCGUUUACACAUGACAACACCAUGGCCAAUACUCACCUAUGCAACCACUUGGGUAACACUCUUAACCUUAACAGUGGCCGUGGCGUCAAUCUCCCCGCAGGUUACAUUUGUUUCAGCGAUUUCACCUUAUUCUUUGUUCUCUCACAAGUGUGAAAAAGAUGGGUUCAUUAGAAUGCCAUUAGAUGUUCCUGGAGAGAUUAUAUGUAUUCCUUCUGAUUUGUUUGUGAAGUCUAAGAUUGAUUUAAUUGUUCCUCCAAUCUUUGCUGCCUUGAUUGUAGCAGCUUCAACUUUGGUAGUGAGAGCUGUUGCCUUGUUUGUAGGAGAAUGA